AUGGAUAUCUGGCCUUUGGACCAAAGUACGUCACAAUCGAGUAAACCGAGUUCGCAUUGUGACGUCAUCAAGCAUGUUGUGUACAUCAAGACCCAUAAGACGGGAUCCACCACGCUUGAAACUCUCUUCAACCGGUUUGGCUUCUACCAUAAUUCAUCUUUUAUCUUCAAUAAAAAUGGAGCUUUGGGGCAUUUCGAAUCAAUGGACUUACGAAAAGCUGACGUGGUCACAAAGUUACUCCCACCUCUCGGAGUAAAAGAAGGAGACUACGCGAGAUAUAAGAAUUACGACACAAGUGCGAUUCACGUACGAUUUUACCGCGAUGUCUUAGAUCAGUUCAUGGCCAAUGGAACGCGUUAUGUUUCGAGCGUUCGCGAUCCAGCCGACCAAUGGGAGUCAGCCUUUAAUCAGUUUGGAUUCAGAAAAGUUAUCUCAAAAGUAGCGGACUCCAAUGGCCAGAUGAUCAUAAUAAACGACUCCUUAAAAUUACCAUUUGAUGAAAAGAAUUCAACGCUCGAUACAAUUAAUGAAUUUCUCCGAACACCGGAGGUAUACAUUGAUGUUCUGAAAAAGAGGGGGGAUGAUAUACGUUGGCAUUUUGCACGAAACAGUCAAACAUUUGAUCUAAGUACGGAUCUUGAACCAGACCAGGUUCACAACGAAACGCUUGUUAAUCGGACAUUCGAUCGACUACUCGACGAACUGGACUUCGUCAUCGUGAACGAAUACUUCGACGAAUCCUUGCUCGUCAUGAAGAAAGCAUUUUGCUGGGAUUUCACCGAUAUCUUGUACAUUCCACAGAAUAGGCGAGCAGUGAAGGAUACGCUGCCGGAAAAAACGCGGGCUAAGAUCCGCGCGUUUAACCGAGCAGAUACGCUCCUUCAUCGGCGCUUCAAUGAAUCUCUGUGGAAAAAGAUCGAGGGUUACGGACCGGAUUUCAAGAAAGACUUGGAUCAUUUCAGACAAAUGUUGAAUGACGUCAAGUCAGAGUGUUCUGAUGUAGGAAUGUCUUAUCUAAAGGGAUAUAAUUCGAAGAUGCUCAAUAUAAGAUCCAAGACCAACGGAAACCUGUAUUGCAAAUUAAUGGCAGAUAGAAUUGAAGGGUCGUUCUGGCAUGUCUAUAAUAGACAGAAAAUACAGAUCUUUUAGCAUACUGCAAUGUAUAGGUCACACGCAUUUGAUUUUUUUAUCCGUAGGAUUAUAUGUCAAAAUUGAGAUUUGAGAUCACGUGAAAUAAUGACUGUGAACACGAUUCUCUUUUAUCAUUCAGGGGCCGCGGA